GUGUAGUCGUCGAAAUUCUGAUCAAAAUAAGAAAAAUACCAACAAAAUAAUGGAAGCUAGCGUUUCUGGGUCUACUACGUCUUCUAGAGCUACCAGGUUUAUGAUGGAAGGGGUUGGAGCUCGUGUAAUAAGAGGGCCAGAUUGGAAAUGGGGCAAACAGGACGGCGGUGAGGGUCAUGUUGGCACGGUUCGUAAUUUCGAAUCUCCUGAAGAAGUAGUGGUAGUGUGGGAUAAUGGAACUGCAGCAAACUAUCGAUGUUCAGGAGCUUAUGAUUUACGUAUAUUGGACAGUGCACCCACUGGUGUUAAACACGAAGGCACCAUGUGCGACACGUGUCGACAGCAGCCAAUUUUUGGUAUCCGCUGGAAAUGUGCUGAAUGCAGUAAUUAUGAUCUUUGUUCAGUGUGUUAUCACGGAGAUAAACAUCAUUUGCGUCACAGGUUUUAUCGCAUCAGUGCACCAGGAGCUCAGAGGUGCCUUGUUGAGCCUAGAAGGAAAAGUAAAAAACAAGCUAUCAGAGGCAUUUUCCCUGGAGCCAGGGUUGUCAGAGGGGUGGAUUGGCAAUGGGAAGACCAAGAUGGUGGUAAUGGCAGGAGAGGCAAAGUGAAUGAAGUCCAGGACUGGUCAGCUGCCAGCCCUCGCUCAGCUGCGUAUGUUGUUUGGGAUAAUGGUACAAAGAACUUAUACAGAGUUGGGUUUGAGGGAAUGGCAGAUCUCAAGGUUGUAAAUGAUGUAAAAGGUCAGAAUGUUUAUAAAGAACAUCUACCAUUGUUGGGAGAACUAGGCCCAGGGCGUACUGGGCCACAUGGUCUACAAGUUGGAGAUCAAGUGAAUGUAGACCUUGACCUUGAAAUAGUGCAGUCAUUGCAACAUGGUCAUGGGGGAUGGACUGACGGCAUGUUUGAGUGCCUUGGCUCAACUGGCACUGUUGUCGGAAUUGAUGAGGAUCAUGAUAUCGUGGUGACUUAUGCCAGUGGUAACAGGUGGACCUUCAAUCCUGCUGUGUUGACUAAGGUGUGCAGCGGUAACCUGAGCGCGUCGACUUCGGCCGGCGGCGCGGCGGGUGGGGGCUUCGCGGUGGGUGAUCUUGUGCAGGUUUGCGCGGACCAGGAACGCGUUAAAGCGCUGCAGCGAGGCCACGGGGAGUGGGCCGAGGCUAUGGCACCAACUCUCGGCAAAAUCGGGCGCGUGCAACAAAUAUAUCACGACAACGACCUUAAAGUAGAAGUGUGUAACACGUCAUGGACCUACAACCCGAAUGCUGUCACUAAAGUCGCCUCAUCUGAUGGAAGCAUUCCGGGAAACUCGUCAGGCGAGCGUCUCUCGGCCCUUCUGAAGAAGCUGUUUGAAUCCCACGUGACGGGAGACGCCAACGAGGAACUAGUGAAGGCGGCCGCUAACGGCGACGCCGCGCGAUGUGCAGAGAUACUUGCGCGCACUGACGGUGCACAUGCUGACGUCAAUGGUGUCUAUGGCGGACACACUGCCCUGCAGGCUGCCGCUAACGGCGACGCCGCGCGCUGCACAGAGAUACUUGCGCGCACUGACGGUGCACAUGCUGACGUCAAUGGUGUCUAUGGCGGACACACUGCCCUGCAGGCAGCCGCCCAGAACGGCCACGUGGAAGUGAUUCGAACAUUAGUGGAAGUGGGCGCCGAGGCUGAUGCUGAAGACCGCGACGGUGACCGAGCGGCGCAUCACGCGGCUUUUGGCGAUGAGCCCGCAGCGCUGCGAGCGUUAGCCGCCGCCGGCGCAGACCUGAACGCAAGGAACCGCCGAAGGCAAACGCCGUUGCAUAUAGCAGUCAAUAAAGGCCAUUUGGGAGUCGUCCGGACGCUGUUACAACUGGGGGUCCAUCCUAGUUUGCAGAACCACCCACAUGCCUUAGCCGCCGCCAGCGUAGACCUUAACGCAAGGAACAGCCGAAGGCAAACGCCGCUGCAUAUAGCACUCAAUAAGGGCCAUCUGGGUGUCGUCCGGACGCUGUUACAACUGGGGGUCCAUCCUAGUGCCGCCGACGCCGACUUGAACGCAAGGAACCGCCGAACGCAAACACCGCUGCAUAUAGCAGUCAAUAAAGGCCAUUUGGGUGUCGUCCGAACACUGUUACAACUGGGGGUCCAUCCUAGUUUGCAGGAUUCAGAAGGAGAUACACCGUUACAUGAUGCCAUUUCUAAGAAACGAGAUGACAUGUUAUCUAUGCUACUGGAGCAUGGUGCUGAUAUGACUCUCACAAACAACAACGGUUUCAACGCGCUCCAUCACGCUGCUCUACGAGGCAAUCCAAGCGCCAUGAAGAUAAUGCUGAGCAAGCUGCCCCGGUCGUGGAUAGUGGACGACGCUAAAGACGACGGAUACACCGCACUGCACCUGGCGGCGCUCAAUAACCACGCUGAGGUGGCAGAGCUGCUAGUACGCGGUGGAGCACGACCUGACCUGCAGAAUGCCAAUCUGCAGACUGCACUACACCUCGCCGUGGAGCGUCAGCACACGCAGAUCGUGCGCCUGCUCGUCGCACACGGGGCUGACCUCAACAUCUGCGACAAGGACGGCGACACCCCCUUGCACGAGGCGCUACGCCACCACACGCUACAGCAGCUGAGGCGGUUACAAGACGCUCGCGACACGGCGCUGCUCACUGGCCUCGCGCACACGCACGACAAGAAGUCCUCGGCUUCCAUCGCGUGCUUCCUCGCAGCACACGGGGCUGACCUCACCGUUAAAAACAAGAAAGGUCAAACGCCUCUCGACCUGUGCCCGGACCCGAACCUGUGCAAGACGCUGACGACGUGCCGCAAGGAGGGCGCCACCGCCACCUGCGACGCCACGCCCGACAGCGAGCAGAACUCGCUCAGCAUAGCGAGCGGCAGCGGAACUGCUACUGCAGCAGCGGCGGAGAUCAGCGUCCCGGAGGCGGCGGGCGGCGACCCGAUGGCGGACGAGUGCCUGGUGUGCUCGGACGCCAAGCGCGACACGCUGUUCCGGCCCUGCGGACACAUCUGCUGCUGCGCCGUCUGCGCCGCCAGGGUGAAGAAGUGCCUGAUCUGCCGCGCGUGCGUGACAUCGCGCUCGCUAGUGGGCGAGUGCGUGGUGUGCUCGGAGGCGCCGGCCACGGUGGUGUUCCGGCCGUGCGGUGACGUGGCCGCCUGCCGCGCCUGCGCGCCGCUCAUGCGCAAGUGCGUCGAGUGCCGCACGCCGCUGCAGCCGCCCGCACCCGUUGCAGCCGUCCCUGGGCCAGCUGCACCCGUUGUACCCGCCGCCGCCGCCUCGAUACAGCCCGCUAAGUUAGACGUGGACAAAGAGAGCGGCAGCAACCUGGCGCAGGUGCAGGUGAACAAGGGGCAGCCGGCGCCCGCGCAGGCCGCGCCGCACCACAUGAACAACGGCUCGCGCCCCGCCGACGUGCAGAAGCUGCAGCAGCAGCUGCAGGACAUCAAGGAACAGACUAUGUGCCCGAUCUGCCUAGACCGAUUGAAGAACAUGAUAUUCCUGUGCGGCCACGGCAUGUGCCAAAUGUGCGGCGACCGCAUCACCGUGUGCCCCAUCUGCCGCAAGCAAGUCGAAAAACGUAUAUUACUCUACUAGGAUACAUAAAAUUAUAUUGUACUGAUCUGUUUGACUGUUAUGUGGUGUCGUACUAUAAUUAUUGUUGGCGCGUGUCUUAUUAAAAAAAAGAGACAUCAAAAACUGGGAAAUCAGGAAAAUUCCUGUCAUAUAUCAGCUAAGUGGGUAGCACAAAAUUAAAAAAUAAUAUUAAAUAGGCGGACAACAUUUUGUAAUCAAACUUUAAAAUCCUUCUGUGCCAGAUUUUUAUAGCAACUUUAUACUUAUGCGAAGUCAAAGAAUUUAAUUCGAGCAAUCGGUCGUGGUAUCCCAGUAAAAUGUAAUGACAUGCCACAUACUUAGGUACCUAAAUUGAAUGUUAUUCCAACCAUUAAAUGAAAUUUAAUUAUUGCAUUUGGAAUCGCAAUCGCGAUGUAUGUUAUCGCUCGUUUUAUGCAUUUAUGUUGUAUACUUAUCUACAUUUACCUAAUUACUGUAGUAUUAUCAUUUAAAAUUAAGCCUUAUGAAUAGAUUUAUAUAUCUACAUAUAGUU